CCCUGUAGCUCUCGCCCGCUGAAGAUGGAACAAAAAAUCAAUAACGCUCUCUGAUUGAGCUGCGAGUCGAGCAGCCUGUAAUUGACGGAUAGUUUGAUUUCUUGAAAUCAUAGAGCGCGUUCGUAUAACGGUCGCUUCCCCCCACUCUCAAUCGGUUAACCCGUAAUCCGAAGCGUGACCAAGAUUUCUUUACAUGUUUGCUACACAAAAAAAAAUGUGAAAACCCCUGCAACACAUCUGAUAUGCAAUCUAAAGCGUGAAACUUAAUUCUCGCCAUUUUGCGAAAAGAUAAAUGUUCUUUUCUUUUCGUCAUCAUCGUCACUGCUUCCGUUUUUGCCGGCGCCUUAGUUGAUUGCAAAUGAUUGUUUUCGUCAGGACUGUCACACACAUUCGCUGCGAAACGAACAGACAAGAGAACGAAAGAGAUGAAGGCGAAGAAAAUAGUGUGGAGGAAUAACACAAAUAAUUUGUUGUUUUCUUGAAAAGCUUUUUAGAAAGUUUCAACCGCAAAAUGGAAGGGAUGAAAUGCUGAGGCGCGUGUACCGUCGAUAAGCGAUUUGAACCGAUCGAUUGCAGUUGGCAAACUACACGACUAUAUGUAAGUAAAAAAAAAAAAAAAAAUUGCAAUCUCAUUAAGAAUGCAGUCAUGAGGCAUCACCGAAGAAAGUUGCAUCAAAAGCUCCAGUGUAUCGUUCUUCGCGGAAACGCAAAGCAUAUACUCUUAAAUGACAUGGUUAUAGCAUUUAUUUUGAGAGAGAGAGAGGGAGCUUAUGGCUGCGCAAUAUGUUGCGUAUCUGUAGAGUCCACGUCGCAGCCGUCGAAGAAAGACGAACUCGCAACUUUUGUGAAAACUAAAGGGGGGGAAUUUGUUUGAAGUCGACGCGACUGCGUAGCGAAACCUGCGCAAACGGUCCACCUUCUCGUGAGUUGGCGUCAAGAUCCUUCCAUACCACCUACCUCCCUAUUCUUGUCCUCUUCCGCUGUAUAGCCUUCUUAUCCUCACCCCCUUCACGUAUUCCCUUAUAUACAUGGCCGACACUCCCGACGCUUUCCCCCCUUCCGACGUCACCCAACUAUUCGCCUUUGCCUGGCAUCUUCCAUCACCUUUCCCCUACUAGAACGACGGCAACCUGAUGAUCGCAACGAGCAGCCAUUCGCUACCGAACCUCGUUGCACGAUGGAUGCUUUCUUCCGAUAUUGCUUCCAUUAAAACCAAAGGGACAAAAGGGCUAAAAAUGAAGUAGGCUAGUUCAUCACUCUCAUCCGUACCCUUCUUCCAAUUUAACAACCACCGUCCAAAUUUGCAGAUUAGAAGAAAGAGAGAGAGAGAGAGAGAGAAGAAGACAAGUGAACCAGAAGUGAAACAAAAGGAGAAGGAAAUCAAGGGGAACGGGUCGUCAGCACGUAGAUGCUGAUGAUGGACGUCUACUACGCCGUCUGCCGGUUGUGUUGCUGUUGCCCUAACAACGAUGACCGCGUCCAGCAAGAAUGGCGCCAACAGAAAAAAGAUAUCGAAUACGUUCUGCAUCAAAAAGAUAUCAACGCAUCGUCGCAAUCCGGGGGCCCAAACCUAUCGGCGUCUCUUCAUCCGAACAGCGUCGGAACGCCCACACACAGUGCCAAAUCUGCAGAAGGAGCGACAGCCGUUGGAGCCAGCGCCAUUUCUAGUGGUGGAGGUCACGGCGAAGAAGAGAGUCACCUCUUGAAAGAAGUGCGCAGCAGCAGCCUCAAAACUGAAAUGUACCGACAAAUUUGGCAGAGACGCGUCCUCUGGUUUGGACAGACUUUACCUUCGUUCGAAAGUCGGAGUACCAUCGAAUUUUGGAGCGGAUGGGCCAACCGGCCAUCGGGUCAACAACCAGCUUCCGGCGGCAAAUCCAAUCAUACACCCACGACAACGCCCACCAGUUCAACAGCUAGACGCAAAAAAUAUCAUUUGACACCAGAAGUGUCUGUAGAAAGUCUGCAGCCGGAAUUGUACGCCCAGACGUCGGUCGAGUCGAUGGAAGGUGCGUCAAUGGACGCUGGACUAUGUGGAUACGGUGACGUUGACCUCCAUUUCGACGGACCUAUGGAGACGACGCCCUUGGGACAGAUCCAUUUUUCGCUCAUUUACGACGAUCAUAAAAAAACGCUGCUAGUCAAAAUAGUUGAAGCUUGUCACCUGCCGCCACCCAAACACACCGCCUCCCUUUCGGCGAGAGACACUGGCCAACACGAGCCGAAUCAACAGGGCCAGCAGCAACAAGAGCCGCCAUCGUCCCACACUGCCGUUCGCCACCGCAAAGAUCCGCCUCAUUCGAAUCCAUAUGUGCGUGUGUACUUAUUACCGGAUCAGCGGGAUGGUCGUCAGACGCCGGUGCAACGUAAAACACAAAAUCCAGUGUUCAAUCAAGGUUUCACUUACGAACUUGGCCAUCGAGAAGUGCUGAAGCGAACACUGAUGCUCAAAGUUCAGGAUCUGAAUCGAUCGACCCAUCGGCACCACGUCAUUGGCCAAGUUCUCCUGCCUCUUUCCGAUCUCAACCUUAUCAAAGGCGUUCACAUCUGGAAAAGGAUUCGACCGACAGAUCACGACUCGCAUUCUCCCGAAUUAGGUGAAAUACUUGUCUCACUGACGUACCUCCCGUCUGCCCGUAGACUGAACUUGGACUUGUUACGAGGAAAACAACUUCUUCAAACCAAUAUCGGAGGCUCUGUUCCAUACGUCAGGGUCUCAUUGGUGGUUGCUGGAAAACAUAUCAAGACAAAGAAAUCGUCUCGCAAGAGAAACACAAUCGAUCCGGUCUGGGGCGAAACAAUAAGCUUUAAUGUUGCAGCCGUCGAGUUGCCUGAAUCGAGUCUAGUCGUCAGCGUUUGGGAUUUCAAUGGUGGUAUAACCAAAGAUGAUUUUAUCGGCAGGAUUGUUCUAUCAUCCAAAGAACCAUCAGGCGAGGAGGAGAUGAGCCACUGGAAUUGCAUCUUGAACGAUGAUCGAAGUUCGACUGCAUAUUGGCAUACACUCCGUUCAAGAGAAGAAUGCGAUCAGGUUUCUGCAGCUUCAGUGGCCAUCUGUUGAACUCGAAUGCAAAAAUGAAAGUAAUAAUAGUUUGGAGGAAUUUUUGAACAAAACAAAACAAAGAGAUUCCUUACAAGCGGACGUCAUUGCUGUAAUCACGCUUCACGCCGUAAAUAGCAAUUGACGUCAGCAAUGCGUUCACUACCGCAACGUUCAAUCUCUUUCUUGACCACGCGGACGUCAGUCCUUCCCUUUUGCUUCCUCUAUAUCAGCACACAAAAUAUGCUCCCCAUAUGUUUUGAAGAUUUUGCAUGCGGUAUGUAGUACGUACUGUACACCCAAUAAGUGGUUCAAGAGUACCAAGUUCGCCUAUGUAUUACCCGUAGACAAAUAUCCUUUGUAUGUUCAUAUCGUCACACCACAGUCAUUUUUGUAUAAUAACACAUACAAAUGUAGAUUAUAUAUGCGUUAUAUUCAUAUGUGUAUACAUAUCUCUAUGUACGGCCAAAAAAUUAUACAGAACGUCUUAAUUUAA